AUGGGAUGUAUUACUUAUAAAUUAUUUAUUUGGCCAUAUUUUAUUUCUCCCUUAAGAAAAAUUCCUGGUCCACCAUCUGAUAGUCUAAUUUACGGAAAUCUUAAAACACUUAUGAAAGAAGAGUCUGGUGUACCACAACUUGGAUGGGUUGAAGAACAUGGAAAAGUUAUAACAUUUCAUGGAUUAUUUAAUAAACCGAAACUUUAUAUCGCAGAUGCAAAAUUAAUUCAAGAAAUUUUAUUGAAUAAGGCAUAUGAUUUUAUUAAGCCUCCUAGUGUGGCAAUUAUUUCACUUAUCGGUAGAGGUCUUAUACUUGCGGAAGGUGAAGAUCAUAAGAGACAGAGAAAAAUGUCGAAUCCAGCUUUUACGUAUAGUAACAUCAAAGAAAUGGUGCCAUCAUGUGUUCGUGUAGCUUCUACCUUAAAAGAUUUGAUAGAAGAUAAGAUAAAUUCAGGAGAAACUAAUAUUAACCUUACACCUUACAUCUCGAAAGCCACUUUGGAUGUUAUUGGUUUAGUAGGAUUUAAUUAUGAAUUUAAUUCAUUGACGUCCCCAAAUGAAUUAGCAGUAGCUUAUGAUUCUAUUUUUAAUAGCCCAGUAACUCCUUUACGUAUUGCUCUUAAUAUCAUAUCGAAUUAUAUUCCAUUGGUUAGAGAGAUUCCACUAGAACCAAAUAAAAGAUUUAAAAAUGCGUGCGAAGUUUCUAGCCGUGUAUCAAAGAGGUUGGUUGAAGAAAGAUAUAACGAGGCUAAAAACGAAGAAUUAAAAGGAAGGGAUUUAUUAUCCUUGUUAAUCAAUAUCAAUAAUAAAUUACCUGCUGAAGAAAAAAUGUCUGAUGAAGAAUUAAAGUAUCAGAUCAUGACAUUUUUAUUUGCAGGGCAUGAAACAGUAGGUAUAUCAACUUGCUGGGCUUUGUAUUCACUUGCACAACACCCACAUGAGCAAGACUCAUUGCGUGAAGAGCUGGUAAAAGCUUUUCCUGAUAAAUCAAAAUUCAAUCCUACAUAUGAUGAUAUUAAUUCUUUGGAAUAUUUAAAUUGUGUGGUUAAAGAAUCUUUAAGAUUAAAUCCUCCAGCAUCAACUAUUGUUCGAACCAACCUUAAAGAUGAAGUUAUGGAGAAUUAUUUCAUUCCAAAAAAUACUGAAAUAUCAUUGGGAAUUUUAGCACUUCAUAAAUCAACUGAAGUUUGGGGCCCAACAGCCGAUAAUUUUGAUCCAAAAAGAUGGUUGGAUACUUCUUUAACUAAAAAUGUAUCAAACUUAAAUUAUUUACCUUUUCUUACUGGCCCAAGAAAUUGUAUAGGCAGUAAAGUAGCUUUAACUGAAUUUAAAGUAUUGUUGAGUAUGUUGAUUAGAAAUUUUGUUUUUAAACCAAUUGAAGGAUUUCACAUUAGAAAAAGAUCUUUCCCUGCACCCAAGCCUGAUCCAUAUCUUGGAUUAGCUGUAUCCAUAGUUGAAUCUUAA